UUUCACCGUUUACACAUCCAAGUCAAUGAGCAGCACCACGGAGAUGUCUGCCUUUUACACCCGUCUUCCAGGAAGAGAAUUAACCAACGCGUCGCCGAAAUGUAGAGCACAGCACCAACAGAAAACAAAGAACUUUCACGCGUUUAUGAUAAACAUGGUUAUAUAAUGGAUCGAUAACAAACCCUAAACGUAUUUAUUACGUGGCCCUGUAACCCUCCCCAAGUCAGGGAUUCGGGUGUGGGUGUUUUUUUCUGGUUUAUUUUGAAGAGGAGAACGAGAAAAGGAAAGUGGGAAGAGGAGAACUUCCUGAAUUUAGCGAGACAUGUCAGAAUCCUCAUCGCAGAUCAUAACCAAGAAGGAGAGGCGCUCAUUCAGUCCUUCCUCCGUCAGCCCCCUGCCAAACUCCACUUCCUCCCCCGUCCAUGCUCCCACGGCCAGGCCAGCCAGCCGAAUGGAGGACGAGCCUGCCAGGCUGCCAGUGCACCUGCGCCUGCAGCCGGUGUUCUGGAGCAGGGAGGACGUGGGCCAGUGGUUGCGCUGGGCCGAGAGGGAGUUUGCCCUGCGGCCCAACACCAGUGGCAGCUUCCAGAUGAACGGCAAGGCCCUGCUCCUCCUCACCAAGGAGGACUUCCGCUACCGUUCGCCCCACUCCGGGGACGUCCUGUACGAACUGCUGCAGCACAUCCUGAAGCAAAGGAAGCCGCACGUCUCCUACCCCUCCGCCUACUUCCCCGGCAACUCCUUCCACCCUCUGCCAGAGGGAGCUCUCCAGCACCACAAACUGGAAGAAACGGUACGGCGGACACCACGCAGUACAGAGCUCCAACCCCAGCACCCACCCACCAUUGAGCUCCGACACCGCUCCCGCUCGCCACACCACCCCGCUCCACGCCUCUCCCCUCUGGACCCCAACUACCCACGCCCUGGUGCCGAGGACCACCUCCAGACAUCCUCCCAGCUGCCCGACAGCAACCACCACCUGCCAGAGGACUUGUACACUCUGUCAGUGUCCCCGGCCGCCCCUAACGGCCGCUGCGCCACACCCCGCGAGGCCCCCUGCCCAGGCAGCCCCGGGUGCCAGGACGCUGCCCCCCCUCGUGUCAUCCAGCUCAUGCCCAGCGCCAUCAUGCACCCCCUGCUGCUUAGCCCAGGGCGAGGAGGUGGCGCUGGAGACUUCAGGCAUGGCCGUGGGGGGCCACCACUUCAGGCCCACCAUGAAAACGGGCGUGAGGGGAAGAGCCACAUCCAGCUGGCACUGGCCCACCACCAGCAGCUCACUCUGCAUCAGCAGGAGGAGGUGCUCUACAGGAACCACCACGUCAUUGUGCCCGUCUCGCCACCAGAUGAACAGGCAAUGCCCAUUGGACGGAUAGCAGACUGCAGGCUGCUAUGGGACUACGUCUACCAGCUCCUCUCAGACAGCCGGUACGAGAACUACAUCCGCUGGGAGGACACAGAGACCAAAGUCUUCCGCAUCAUGGACCCCAACGGCCUGGCUCGCCUGUGGGGGAACCACAAGAACAGGACCAAUAUGACGUACGAGAAGAUGUCGCGAGCACUGAGACACUACUACAAACUGAACAUUAUCAGGAAAGAGCCAGGACAGAGACUCUUAUUCAGGUUCAUGAAAACCCCAGAUGAGAUUAUGAGCGGACAGACUGACAGGCUGGAGCACAUAGAGUCGGACACAGAUGAUCAAAUCUACAUCAAAGAGGAGUGCUGAGGCCUCUGGGAAAUGGAGUCCACUAAAGCGAUUAACUACUACAGCCGCUGAUGCCUUUCAGAAAGCAGCUCGAACAAUAGUUUCAAACCAAGAGCGCCCGGACAUUCACUCUAUCCAAAACUCAGAGGAACUUGAAGGUGACGUCUCUCUGCCUUUUAAAACUUUAUAAGAUUUUCUUUCCAGACAAAUCUUAUCAGUUUUCUGUCUUAAUUCAAGCAGUUCAAAGGACCUGGUGAAAAGUAUAUCUCAUAAGACAUUCCUUUUCCCUGAACUGCCACAGCAAAUCAAUCAUUUCAUGCUUGUCAUGUCAUAUUGUUGAUAUUUCUUCCCCACGUCUGCAUUAAGUAUAAGAAAAUGUUGCAAUUUGUGCAAAUAAUGGGAGGGGGUGUGUAGCUGGAACGUUUUCACCAACGAAUAAAUAUUUUUGAAUAAUU